UAGCACUACUGCUAGUUUGCUAUAACUAUAUAUUAGGACAAUCGCUGUUAUUUAAACGUUCACGAACGACACGGUCGCACAACAUAUUAUAUUAAUUGAAAAUUCCAAUAAAAUUAAUAUCAAUACUCGAUCACUUUCUGCGAUUUAUAUAAUAGUUGAACUAUUAUACACCGUUCGAAAUAAUGGGAUCAUCUAAACACAAGAAGAAGGACAAGAAGAAACGACAUCAUUCCAGCGAUUCGUCGGACGGUGACUUAUCGUCAAAACACAGAAAAAGAAGACAUCCAUCUAGUGAUUUGUCUGAUGUUGAUGUAUCCAAUAAACAUAAAAAACACAAGAAACAUCAUAAGAAAAAAGAAAAGCCAAAGGACAAACAUGCUAAGUAUCACAGUUCAGAUGAUGAUGUUAUUUUUGUACCACCGCCUCCAAAAAUAUCUCGAGAUGAGGUUCGCACUCCUCCGCCUCCAAGUCUCACACCUCCGCCUCCUCCUUCUAUAUCAUCAGCUGCAGAUAGUCUGUCAAUUGAAGAAACAAAUAAAAUUAGAGCUAAAUUAGGCUUAAAGCCAUUGCAGAUGGAUAAUAAAGAAACUACCAAAAGUAGAGAUGAUGGAUUAGAAGUUAUUGCUGGCGAUGAAGGCGAAUUUGUUCAUAAACCUGCAUUAAGCUUAACAGAAAAAAAUAAAAGCGAUAAAAUAAAAGCAAGAAUAGCAGAGAAAAAGGAAAAACGUAUGAUUGAAAACAAAAUAUUAAAUGUUAAAAAGUUAGCAGACAGUGAUUCAGAAGAAGAUGCAGUUAGUUGGGUGAAAAAAACAAAAACUAUUCAAGAUGAAAUGGAAAAAGCAAAGAAAAAGGCCCAAGAAUUGGAAGAAAUGGACAAUGUAUUUGGUGUUGGCAAUCUCAUAGAAGAAAGCACCAAAAGUGAAAUGAAAAAUUUUUAUUCAAGCAAACAUUUGAAAGGAUUAGAAGUUCAACACUCAAUGGAUGAUUUUACUGAAGGAAAAGAAGUUAUUUUGACAUUACAAGAUAAAGAUGUAUUAGCAGAAGAUGCAGAUGUCUUGGUCAAUGUUAAUAUGGUUGAUAAUGAAUCAUAUAAACAAAAUAUUGAUAGACGAAAGCAACGACUCAAUUAUAGUGGUUAUGAUGAGUUAGAAGAAAUGGAUAUUGACAGCCCAAGUGUAGUACUUGGAAAAUAUGAUGAAGAAAUUAUAGACAAGCCAAUGAAUUCCUAUAGUAUGAAGAUGGAAAAUGAAGAAGACGAUGACAUGGGAUUACAAUUGGCAUUAAAAAAGGCAAGGAAAUUGAAACAGUUAGAAAAAAUUGAUAGAAAACCUGAUUUGUCUGAUGUAUUGGUUAAAGCUGAAUAUAAUGAUAAUGCACUAGGCGCAAUUGUGUUAAACUCUACUGCUGAGUUUUGUAGAACUCUCGGAGAUAUACCAACUUAUGGUAAAGCUGGGAAUAGAGAAGAAGAAGAAGAUGAAUCAUUGAUGGACUAUGAUAGAAAUAAUUUAAGACAAGAACAUGCAGUUGACUCUGAUGAAUCUAAUGAUGGAUGGAGAGAAGUAGAAAUGGAGAAAAAGUUAAUAGAUCUAAAAACAAUUGAUAGCAAGCCGAUCUUAGAACCAGAACCUGAUUUGGGUAAAGGUGUAGCUGGUGCAUUAAGAUUGGCUAUGAGUAAAGGGUAUAUCGAAAAAGAAGAAAAUGCUCGACCAUCUGCUUCAAGAUUUGCUCAUUUACAAGCUAAAAAUUAUUCUAUUGAAGAUAAAACAUUUUUAGCUGAGGAUGAUAAAUUGAGUAGAAGAGAUAGAUAUAGUGGCCCUACAGUAGAAUUCAGAGAAAAAGACAGCUAUAAACCAAAUAUAAAAUUGGAUUACAUUGACGAUGAUGGCCAUUUAUUAAGCGAAAAAGAAGCAUUUAGGUAUUUGUCACAUAAGUUCCAUGGCAAGGGACCUGGCAAAAAUAAAAUAGAGAAACGUUUAAAGAAAGCUGAACAAGAAGCCCUAAUGAAGCAAAUGAGCUCAACAGAUACACCUCUUGGUACAUUGAAUAUGUUACAAUCUAAGCAGAAAGAAACACAAUCUCCUUACAUAGUUUUAAGUGGAACUAAGUCUACUCAUCAAAACCAUGGGGGUUCAAUUUCAAAAACAAAAAUUGGCUGAAAUGAAUAAUUAUUUGCAAAUAUUUAACAGUUUAUUGGUAAUUUAACAACGGACAAUUUCUGCCUUAUUCAUAGUUUGAUACAGUAAAAUUACAAAACUUGUUAGAUACUAAUUAAAUUAUACUCUAUUU